AUGAGUAAACGACCUAGAAGGGAAAGUGACGUUGAAUAUAAUGAAGAGCAGGUGUUGACAUCACGCGGAACUGUCAUAAAUUGUUCUAUACCUCCAUGUCAUUCAAAUCCCAUUAGCUUUAAUGAUUAUUUAGCGUACGAAGCGCAUAUAGUUGAUACCCAUAAUUUUCUUUGUUUAGAAUGUCAGAAGAAGUUUCCAUCAGAAACAUUUCUUGAUAUACAUAUUGAUGAAAAUCACAAUCCAUUUUUUCAAAUAAGUAAAGAAAAGGGAGAAAAGGUUUAUAAAUGCUUUCAAUAUUCGUUAACUGGUGGAUGUAAAAAGAUAUGUAUUGAUAGACGAAAAAGAAGAUUACAUAUGAUUGAUAAACAUGCUUACCCACGGAACUUCAACUUUGGCGUAGUCGAUAGCGGAAUAGAUCCAAAAAAACCUUCUCUAUUAAAAUGA